AUGGAACAACGAUUAAAUAUAGAUGAAUAUCAGGUAGAUAUUCUAUACCACUUAAGUUCGAUUCAAAAUACCACUGCCCCCAGUUUAUCGUUGAUACAACAACAACCAGAAAUCAAUUUAAAAAUGAGGCCAUUAUUGCUAGACUUUUUGAUGGACGUGAUCAGUAAGUUGAAUUUGUCGUUGUCGACAUUUCCACUUACGGUGAAUUUAAUUGACAGAUACUGCUCCACCCGGAUUGUGAAGAAGCAGCAUUACCAAUUGUUGGGAUUGACAAGUCUCUGGAUCAGUUGCAAGAAUUUGGAUGCCAAGUUCAAGAUACCGUCGUUGUUCGACUUGUGCAAGAUGUGCUGUAACUGCUAUGACAAGAAGCUCUUUUUGGAAAUGGAGAACCAUGUGUUGAAGUCAUUGAACUGGUUGAUUAGCAACCCUACAUUCGACCAGUUUAUUGAGAUCUACAUCAACAUUUUGGACUCGACUAAGUUUGUCGAUUCGUCUCCUGCCAGCAAGAAUAAUGUCAAGACCAUGGCCGUGUACAUCUGUGAAUUGAUUCAGUUUUACCCAAACAUCUAUUUCAACAAUAGCUCAUCACAAAUAGCAUUGGGAGGACUAUUGACUAGUUUGCUUAUUUGUAACGUUCCUAUCAAGUUGGAGGGUGUCUUGAAACACCUCAAUUCCUACUUGGACCAAGACUCCCUCCUUGAUCUCCCAUCAUUCAACUCAUUUUACAAGAAUUUAUUGAAGAUAUUGAAAUGUCCACCUCCUUCGUUGAAACUAAAGUACUUUAGUGAAACUGGAUCAUCUCUCAAAUUAAUGAAGAUUAUGAUACAUUACGUCAACGAUCAAAACGCCAACAUCACACCAAUCACCCCGAAGUUUCAAAUCCAUGAACAGUCGUCCCAAAAUGCAUGUUACGCUAACUUCCCAAGGACGCCUGUUUCCAAUAACAUAUCCCCCAGAAUUCAACUUCCACCGCACUCACCUGCUCAAGUUCCCACUAACACCCACUCGUACAACCAUUCCAUUUCUUCCACUACCAGCGAAUUGCUUCCAUCGCCAAAAGCUUCGCCGGAAAACAUGCCUUUUGACUCGUUUCCUGUCAGGUCUCCGGUGGAUAUUCAUCCUCCAUUGCAUAUGCCUACUACUACAACUACAGCCAGCUUUUUCCAUACCAGAAAGAGAUCAAUCGAUGACACUUCCGUGGAAUCUCCAAAUAAAAAAUUAAGGGCAAGAAAGCCAGCUUUCUACAUCUCUUAA